UGUAAUAAUCACAUCCGGGUGAAAGUGGCAACAUGCUUUUCCGAACAUCUUAGUUUAUUUGAUCAUUCCCAGCAGUUAUGCCCCUAAUAGUGAUGUGUGGUUACCCCUGUAGUGGUAAAACACGAAGGGCAGAAGAGCUGAAGGAGCAUUUUGAACGGAACACUGACAGAAAGGUUCAUAUUGUGGGAGACGGAGCUUUGGGCUUUGAGAGAAACACAGUUUACGCAGAUUCCCAAAAGGAAAAAAAUGUCAGAGCAUCUCUGAAAGCUGAAGUAGAGAGGAAAGUCAACAAGGAUGACAUUGUAAUUUUAGAUUCAUUAAAUUACAUCAAAGGCUACCGCUACGAACUGUUCUGUCUCAUCAAACAUACACAAACACCACACUGCCUGGUGUACUGUUUGACAUCAGAUGAAGAGAGCUCAAUGUGGAAUACCAACAGAGAAGCUGCUGAGCAGUACACCCAGGAAAUCUUUGAUGCAUUAGUGCUGAGAUUUGAAGCUCCAGACUCCAGGAACCGUUGGGACAGUCCUCUCUUCACCAUCCUGAAAGAUGACACACCUUCAUAUGAAGCCAUUUCUGACGCACUUUUCAAAAGAAAAGCACCCCCACCUAACCAGUCUACACAAAGUCAACCAUUGUCAUCUACAAACUUCUUGUACGAGUUGGACAAGAUCACACAAGAUGUGUUGAUGGCAAUUUUUAACGCACAGAAGACAAGUGUUCCUGGGGAUCUCAUUCCAGUUCCAGGAGCUACAGAAAAGAUUGAGCUCACCAGGAGCAUCAACAUGGCAGAGCUGAGGAAACUACGGCGCCAGUUCAUCAGCUACUCCAAGAUGCACCCGACAGAGAACACGGGACAGAUUUCCAACAUGUUUGUGCAGUAUUUAAAUAAGAGUCUUCACUGAAAUUGUAUAGGAUUGGUUUGAUUUGAUUUUAAUUUUCUGUGAAAAAUAAAAGUAUUUUAAUAUUUGUGGCAUGUUAGUGGGUUAUUGGACUAUUUAACUCAAAGUAAAAAAUUUAAUCAUAUGACAAAAAACUUGCAGAACUUGUAUAUUAUUUCCAAAUGUAUUCUACAUACAAGCACAGCAGCUUUGAAGGCAUUCCAUUGAACCAAAUGGGUAAAUAAAAAACCAAAACCAUAAAGACUGUGUUACCAUAGCUUUCACCCACAUUUCAUGGGCUUCUUCAGCAGAUGACUCUGAAUUUAUUUCUUGUGAAAGCACUUUUUGCUGUGUCAUUUUUGUAAUGAACUGCACAAUCAAGU